AUGAACGACUUAUCUUCCAGCAACGGUCACGGCCAUGAAGACUUAAAAGUGACUCUUCCCAUAGGUGCUGGGACAGCGGCCGACUUGGAAUCCGAAAAGACGCCAUCCCCGGAUAGCAGUGUUGAGGACGUACCGCCAGAUGGCGGGUUUGGUUGGAUUUGCGUGGCUUGUUGUGCUCUGAUAAAUGCGCACACAUGGGGCAUCAAUAGUUCUUAUGGUGUCUUUCUCGCCCACUAUCUUGCGGCCAACACAUUUCCCGGGGCAACUUCUCUUGACUAUGCCUUCGUUGGUGGUCUAUCCAUAUCAUUGGCACUGUUCAUCUCCCCGCUAGCAACAGUAGUGGUCAGUAAACAUGGCACUAAACCCGCCCUUGCUAUCGGGAUCGUACUACAAACUGCUGGCCUGUUGGGGGCCUCGUUUGCAAGCCAGAUUUGGCACUUGUUUCUAUCCCAAGGCAUCGCCUUUGGGUUUGGAAUGGGCUUUUUGUUCAUUGCCAGUGUCAAUAUUGUUCCUCAGUGGUUCAAAAGAAAGAGGUCAUUCGCCAAUGCAAUCUCCGCUGCGGGCAGUGGAAUUGGUGGGUUGAUAUACUCACUCGCUACCAAUGCCAUGAUUCAAUCUAUCGGUCUUGGCUGGGCAUUCAGGGUUCUGGCGAUUGUAUCAUUCGGGGUCAAUGUUGUUUGUACACUGGUAGUCAAAGACAGAAACAAAGCAGUGGGUUCUGUUUUUAAUGCUUUCGAUCCUAAACUCUUAAAGCUAGUCAAUUUUUGGCUUCUAGUAGGAUGGGGUUUCUUUAGUAUCUUAGGAUAUGUCGUUCUACUCUUCUCGCUACCGAGUUAUGCUAGAAGUGUUGGUUUGACCGCACAACAAGGUUCUGUAAUUGGCGCUGUGUUGAAUCUAGGACAAGGUCUUGGCCGCCCACCCGUCGGUUACUUUAGUGAUAGCUUUGGUCGUAUAAACAUGGCCGGAGUAUGUACGUUUAUCUGCGGUGUCCUCUGUCUCGUAUUUUGGACAUUUGCUAAGACAUAUGCGUCGCUAAUCGCUUUCGCACUGAUCGUCGGUUGUGUAUCUGGAACCUUCUGGGCGACCGUUGCACCAGUCGGCGCCGAAGUUGUCGGUAUUCAAACUCUCCCAUCCGCACUUGCACUCCUUUGGAUCUUUCUCGUCCUUCCGUCCACAUUUUCUGAGCCGAUUGCUCUCAAACUUCGUCGAUCGACCGGCAACCAGUUUCUUCACGCCCAAUUAUUCACGGGUUUUAUGUACAUCGCUGCCGCGCUUUGUGCCUGGUUCUUACGUGCUUGGAAGAUUAGGGAAGAGCAACGACUUCAGGAAGAGCUUCAGCGGAAGAAGGAGGAAGCCGGGGCUGGGGCUGGGCUCCAUGGCGGCGACGGUGGUCCUCCCAUUUUGAGGAGACAUGCCAGUAGGGUUAGUACGAUACAGAAAGCUCGAGGCUUCUGGGCGUGGGAACGUGUGUAA